AUGGAUCUGCCCCAGAUGAAGAAGGAAGUGGAGAGUCUGAAAUACCAACUGGCUUUCAAGAGAGAAGUCCUCCAAGACAAAGUUCCAUACAUGGUGAAGUGGAUCGAGGACGGGGUACCUGAGGACCCCUUCCUGAACCCUGAGCUCAUGAAGAACAACCCCUGGGUGGAAAAGGGAAAGUGUGUCCUGUUGUAGACGAUUACCAAACCUGACCCUGCCAUGACCACUGACCCCAGCCUGGUGGGGCAUGGCUGGACAGCACUCGCCCCCCCCCCACCAUGAAUGUACAACAGCUGAUGUCCAGACCCCCCCCCCUGCUAGUUUCAGCCACGUUAAUGCAUCACAGAUUACCUUUAAUAUUCAUGUUGAUGUUGAUAUGAAGUGUAUUUAUGCAGCCAGUCACUCACUCAGUCACUCAGUCACUCACUCAGUCACUCACUCAGUCACUCACUCAAUCACUCACUCAGUCACUCACUCAGUCACUCAGUCACUCAGUCACUCACU